AUGGGGAUCGACCUCCUGACGGCCGAGUCCUUGUCGAGGCUCCGUCGCCAUGAUCCAUUCAUGCCGAUGGAGUAUCUGAUGGAGCAGCUUCCGUCUUUGUUUGGGAGGCUGCUACCAAUUCUCGUACAAAUGUUUCUUUCUGACGUUGUCGGUCGAAAGAAACUCGUUCGAUAUAGCUUGCGCUUCGGGACAGUGUCGAUGCUGGUCAUGAACGUUUCGUUCUUUGCGGUGAAAUACCAAUUCAUUAACCCAAGAGCCAUUGAAGAGAUGAACAAGUGGAGCAUAGCAGCAGUUUUGGGGUCGUUUUCCCUCGGCUUGGGGCCGGUGACUUGGGUACAUACAUCGGAAAUACUGCCGUUUAAGGUAAGAGCACAAUUAAUUGGGAUCAUUGUGACGAUGAACAGACUAAUAAGCUUCGGUCUAGAGUAUUUGAACCCAUUUCUUGAGAAAAAGGUGGUGGCGGUUAGGCCUUUCUUGUAUUUGGUUCUCAAUAUCCUAAUCAUGCUGGGGUCAUGGUGUUACGGUAGCUGCCUCAUCGAAACAAAACAGCAGUCGCUGGAAGAAAUGGACCAACGUAUUAGUCCCAUGCUUGAGUUGAAUUUAGGUCACACUUGCGAUGUAUCAUCACAAUAA